UUUCUCGCCACACCGGCUGGGCUGGACUGGGAGGGUCUGGCGUGCGGCUGGCCAGUGUGUGCUCUUGGUGUGCUGCUUAUUUAUUACACGUGUCGACAAUGGCGGGCUGAGGCUGCGAGAGAAGUCAGGUUGGCCUUUGUCGUCCUGGGCUGACCACGAGCAGUGGUGUCGGCGGCGGGGCCACCCACAAGAGAGAUGCAGCAAGUUUUCAAGACUUCAAGACUUUAUCUGCUGCAGACUGGAGGCAUCAGGCCCGUGUCCAUUCACCUGUCUCUGUCAGCAGCCACAGAGAGUUCUGCGAGACCAGAGAGAAGUGCUAAGAAGCCUAAAGCUGCCACACUCAAGGAGGAGAAGUGUGACUAUGUGGGUCCAGCAGACAGAGUGAGCAAUCUGCGACACAUCAGGUUCUAUGUGCCACCAGAUGAGACCAGUCUGGAGCGCCAGUUGAGGGAGGCUCACAUCAACACCCAGCAGUGGAAUCAGGCAUUCUGGGCUGAACACAAUGCAAAGUUCAAAAAGAUUAGAGAGGAGUUCAUCCAAACUAACCUGCAGGAGAAGUAUGGAAGCAACACUAAGGGGCAAAAGAGACUCACAGCUGAUGAGAUGUCAAAGUUCUAUAAGAGCUUCCUUGAUAAACACCUCCAUAUCCAUGCCCAGUACAACAAAGAGUGGUACAAGAGGAAUGUUAGGAAUCUUCUUCUCUCAGCCAGAGUCUGGUUGGAACGAAUAACCAACAAAAAUAGAUGAUAUUUUCCAGUGAUGUGGGACUAGUCCACGUUUUUGUUGGAGACUGACAGUUACCAGACUUCCGUGGGGUUUGAGCACAAGGUUAAAACCAAAGAAAAGUACUUUUCAAACAUAUAAGGAGCACUACAAGAGGAGAAUGUUUGCAAUGCACUAAGCAAACACUGGAAGUGGAAAUUCUUAUAAACAACAAUUUUUUUCUUGUGUAGUGGAGCCAGAAUACAACUCUAGAACAUCUAUUUUCAAGUAUAGAGAACUACAUCUUAGCUGCCAAUCCAGAAUUAUGUAAUUAUUGUAAAACUUAAUAAACUUAAUUAUGAA